CAUAUUUUCGGUCCUUCCUGCCGUUAUCAGGACACUAGAAUGCUAUCUAUAGACUAUUACUAAGCCGUACCCCACACUACACACUAUGACGUCUCGAAAUCUGACGGAGGUAUUUGUUAUCAUGCGUAACAAUGCCUCAAAAAAUCGAAAUCACUACGAUGACCGACGGGGCAGCGAUGCUGAGCGCCUGCUGAAGCAUUCGGUGCGUGAGGCGGAGGAGGGCCUCGAGAUGCAGGACGACUAUGGAACACCUCCCACCUGGCUGGACAAGUUCGAGGAGGCACAGUACACCAUGUCCAAAAUCAAACCAAAGCUGGACGAACUGGGCUCCCUGCAUGCCCGCCACCUGCUGCGUCCGACCUUCGAUGACCAGCGGGACGACGAAUGCGACAUCGAGGUGCUCAGCCAGAUCGUGUGCAAGCUGAUAACAUCCACCCACCGGCACAUACAGUGCGUCCGCUCCAGCCUAGGCGUGGGCACCAAAACGGAGCAGCGCCUCACCGCCAAUGCCGUACACUGUGCCCUGCUCCAGCUCCAGGAGCUGACCUUCAAGUUCCGCAGCAGCCAAAAUGCCUACCUGGUGCAGCUCAACUCACGCGAGGAGCGCUCCCAAAAGUACUUUGACAACGGCGACAAGUUCACCAAUGUCGAGCUGGGCGGGAUGGGGAUGGGAAUUGGGCUGCCAGGCGGCGACACUGGCGGCGAGGAUAUUAACUUUGUCGAUUCAUUCGACAACUUCCUGCAGCCGGUGAAUGGCAAGGGCAAUGGGAAUGGCUAUCUGUUCGAGGACGACGACCAGGAGAUAGACGAUCACUUCAAGAAGCCACUGGCCGCAAAUCGGAUGACCCAGCAACAGCUGCUGCUCUUCCAAGAGGAGAACUCCAAGCUGGCCGAGCAUCGCGAGCAGGAGGUCACCAAAAUUGUCAAGUCCAUCAAUGAUCUCAAUGACAUCUUCAAGGACCUGGGCCACAUGGUCCAGGAGCAGGGCACCGUGCUCGAUCGCAUCGACUACAAUGUGGAGCAGACCCAGACGCGGGUCUCCGAGGGUCUGAGGCAGCUGCACAAGGCCGAGAUGUAUCAGCGCAAGAAUCGUAAAAUGUGCAUCAUUCUGGUCCUGGCGGCCAUCACCUUCUUUAUGCUCCUUCUGCUGAUCUUCACGAAGCUCUAAGGGCCCAUUUCCAUUCCCAGUUCCAGUCAGGCGCAUCCUCCCCUUGUCGUGAUUGUCGUGUGUACAUUGUAAAGGCUUAAAUACAUGUUAUGUUUAUUUAUUACUAA